CAAAAACAAUAUAGUGCCGAAGACAAAAUGAGCACAGUAAACCCGUUUCGAGGUCGUUGUAAUUAUUUCCUUAAAUAUAAGUCUAAGCAGAAUUGUUUCGCUAUUUCAUCCAGUUUGAAUAAAUCUUUUGACCAAGCAGCAUCAUGACAUUAAAGUUUAAACCAGUGACACAUGUGCUUUUCGAUUUGGAUGGACUUUUGUUGAAUACAGAAGCGCUUUACACAAUUGGAACUCAGAAUGUCUUGGACAAGUUUUUUCAAAAUCCAAGAAAACUUUACUCAUGGGACUAUAAAGUCAUUCUAAUGGGUUUAAAGACCGAGGAAGUUUGGAAAAAGAUUGUUGAACAUUUUGAGAUUCCAAUAACAUGGCAAGAAUAUGAAAAAUUGGCAAUUGAACAAUUUGAUGUGCUGAUGAAGGAUUGUGUCAAGCUACCAGGUGUAGAUAGACUCAUCAACCAUUUACACAAGCACAACAUUCCAUUUUGUUUAGCUACAAGCAGUUCACAAGAAUCUUUUGAUAUAAAAGCAACGCAUCAUCAGGAAUUUUUUAAUAAAUUUAAUCAUAUUGUAUUAGGAUCAAGUGAUUCAGGUGUAACAAGAGGCAAACCCUUUCCGGAUAUUUUUCUGGUUGCUGCUAGUCGAUUUUUGAAUCCACCAAACCCUGAAAAUUGUCUCGUCUUUGAAGACUCUCCAAAUGGUGUGAAAUCAGCCCAAGCAGCAGGCAUGCAAGUUGUAAUGGUCCCCAAUCCACAUGUGACUGAAAAUCAACGUAAAAAUGCUACACAAGUAUUAAAUUCACUUUUGGAUUUUAAACCAGAAGACUUUAAUCUUCCACCAUUUGAUGACUAAAGAUAAAAACUCAAGUUG